AUGGGCACAGGAAACAUCGCAUCAGGCAUGAUGCCUAAUAUCUGUGGGCAUUUGCGAUCUUCAACACCUAUGUACUUGCAGAGGCCAUCAAUUUUUGAAGACCGCCCUUGCAUUCACCUUUCUUGCUAUCUAGCAGUACGCGUGUUGCUCAAAAUUGGUUCCAUUUCUUUGCAUCGUUGGUGGACAGAAUUAUAUUCCCCGAAGUCUCAAGAACAGCGUGCCAAUGCCGAAAGGCUACUAGACGUCGCCUUUCCAACUUUUUCCGAGACUUCGGCUGUACGUGCCAACGGGGCAAGUCCUUUAGGUGUCAAAAUUCAGUCUCCUCUUGAGACUUCAAUGUUUUGUAGGUGGCUCCUAGAAAAAUCUACUUCUCCUUAUGCCCAAAUGUUUGCGGCUGCAAGAUUAAAGGGUCUCGUCCUGGAUCAUUAUACAAUGUUUUCCAUGCCACAAAAAAUAGAACUGAACUAUCAGCCUUUUGUUUUAUCUUCUCUUGCACAACUUUUUGCUACUAUAUCAAAAGUUGGAUGGUUUGAAGGCGAAGAAUUUAAAAAUAUUACUAAUGAUUUGUCAAAUUUUAUUCAGUCCACACCAGACCAUAUUAUUGUAGGUUUGCAAAUUCUUUCGAUAACUGUCGCGGAAAUGAAUCAACAAUCUUCAAGAAAUUUAACUAAACAAAGAAAAACAGCAAUUGGGUUCAGGGAUACCGCGUUAUUGGAAAUUUUUCAGCUAGGAUUAGUCGUUUUGCGAAGAUUGCUGAAUGGUGGAAUUUUAUUCGCGAAUGAUCUUCAGGAACAUAAAUCGAAAGAAUAUUGUUUAACAUUGCUUCGCAACUGUUUUGCUUUUGAUUUUAUCGGCACCUCUCCUGAUGAAUCCGGCGAAGAUGUUGGAAGCAUUCAAGUUACAUCAUCGUGGCGUUCAACAGUUGAAGAUCCAUCAUUUCUUCAAAUCAUGUUUGAGGCAUAUAAACAGUUUCAACCACCUCACUCAAGCCAAGUUAUGGAAGUUAUUGUUCAAAUUUCUUCCAUUCGCAGAUCUCUAUUUAAUGAAGAAGAGAGAUCCAAAUUCUUAUAUAGUCUGAUGAAAGGGAUCAGUGAAAUCCUAAUUGGAAACAUAGGACUUUCUGACUUGAACAAUUACCAUGAGUUUUGCCGCCUUCUUUCUAGAUUUAGAUCAACAUAUCAAUUGAGUGAAAUUGCUGAAAAAUCUGGAUACAAUGAAUGGAUUGAUUUGGUUGCUGAUUUUUCUAUUAAAGGCUUUAAUAAUUGGCAGUUAGUCCCGAAUAGUGUGCAAUAUUUGCUUACCUUUUGGUCAAAAAUGCUUUCAUCAACUGGAAGUUCACGUGCGGGUUCGGUAUCAAAACUCGAGUUAAUCGCGUCCAGGCUAACGCAUACAUUUAUCACAUCAAAAAUUGAAUCCGUAGAAACAACUAUAGAGGGUGUAAUUGACG